AUGUCCAUUAAUCGUAAAUUAAAGGAAAAUUUAAUUCCUCUGAGUUGGAAUGAGAAAGUUAAACGAGUGAAAUAUGAACAAAUGAUCAUGUUGAAUGAGCCAGAGUUUCGUUUGUUAAAAUACUUUCAUCAUCAUAACUCUGCAAAUUGUAAAACAUCUAUUCAGCCAGUUAUUGAUAGAAGAGGGAGGAUUGAUGUCGAUGAAAUCUAG